AUGUGGUGGUGUGAUCGCAGAUGUCGGUGGACCGCGGGCGUGUUGCUUGCCGUCUUGCCAGUCGUGAUGUACUUCUCGCUGUCCUUCACGCUGGGAGGCUACUUCGCGAGCCUGGCAGCUGCCCUUUGGUUCUACAUCAUGGGCUAUUGGGUUUUGAAGGAUCAAGCCUAUCCUUUUGCUUUGCCAAUGCGUCUCGCGUGCGUGGCUCUCAUAUGGUCCAUUACGUUGUCUGUAACCAUGGUUCCAUUACUGAUCUAUGGGGGGCACGAUCCUUGCAGUGAGUUCGACCCAUCCAUGAUGAAUGAGCUGGGGCAGGCAUUUCAUGAUCUCUGGGUCGUAGCCAUUGUCAGAGUUGUAUCAACCUGGGUCCUGGCAGUUUUGGCAGUGUUUCUGUGCGCGGCGGACCAUCCGGCAUCUACUUACAUCCGCCAAUCGGUGAGGUGUGUGUUGUACUACUGGCUUGCCACUGCUGUUCGCUGCAUUGAUGGCUUCACGAUGGCAUGUACAGGUGAGGAUCGCGACCAGGAUGGUGUGAGGGACGAUACGUUACACACCCAUCCGAUACCCUACAUGGCCGCCCCCUUUGGAACUGCCGCAUCCUUGUUGGGAGACAUUUGGUGCAUCCAGCUGGUGAUGCAAAGGCUGGUAGCCUUCCAGGAAGCUUUUGGGGAAGAGCUUCCUUGCAUGAAAGCCGUCAGAUGCCUAUCGCUCAUGAUGAAAGUCUGCAUGGUCUUGGUGGGUGUAGGGACGCUCCUUGAUGGGCCGAUCAGGUUGGCGGUGAACAUGUUUACCACCUUCUGCCUUCUUUGGCUUGUGGUGCUGGUCUGUUGGGCAUACUCGCUUCCUUUGCAGGCAUUAAGAAAUGCAAGGGAGCUGGACAGAAGAAAUGACGUCAUGGGAGAGCAGCUCCUGAACGAGGGUCGAUACGCCAUGAGAGUGAUCCUUGCAGCUCAACUCGGCUUCGUGAUGGCGGGCUUCUCCAUGGCCCUCUUCCUGGUCUCCCAUGGGUUGCUUCCAUUCAGCAGCACGAAUUCCUUGACCAGCCUGUACGUUUAUGCUGGCUUGUCAGACACGGUGGGCAAUGCAGUUUGUGUAUCUCUUCUGUCGGUCACUUCUCUGUCCUGGCCGAAAUUGUUCUGCUGCCCUCGGAAGGGGGCGUCGACUGGUAGCGAAAAGAGCCACUUGCAGAACGAGUGCACCUGUGGACAGCAGAUGGGGAGGACCGUGUCCCAGAGCUCCCAAUCCGUCACACGGGUUGGCGCUGCUCUUUGCGAGGCUUGCGCUUGGCAGGUGAAGGUGGCAGAGCUGGCGAGCCGUCGGGUUUCCGUGGCCCAGUUGUUGGACUUCUACGCUCAACUAGGUUGCGAAACGCAAGACCCUUCGACUCCGACGUCGCCGCGGCCUCCAGCAAGAAUCAUGCCACACUAUGAGCCGGGCAGGUCCACGACCAACGACGUGGUUCGCCAUGCGAUUAUCCCCGCAUCUCGCCAUGGCCCUACAGGAAAGUCGUUGGCUGACACCUGGUACCAAGCCACGGAAGAAGUGGGACCAGUAGAACACCACUUCUCCAUAGCAAGCGCCUGGACCACGGACCAUGCGCCCAGGAGUCUUGGCGUUGAGAGGUUUGACGGGUCUACGACAUACUUGCUUUCUGCCGAAGGAGCACUUGAGAACCUGCAGUAUUGGAUCUGUGCUUUCUGCAUUAACCAGCAUGCGAGCAUCUGCGGCAGCUCUAUGGGAGCGCGUGACACCGUUACUGGCGAUGUGCUGCCUUCCUGCAGCUGUCAUACGCCGAAGUAUUUCAACGACUUCCCAGUCGAGUGCGAGCUCAACAAGUUUGACUCGAUGAUGAAUCACCUGCAUGUGCGAUAUUCUCAAGAUUUCUUGCAAGUUGUAGCCAUUGACCGGGACUUCCAGCUGUUCUCAAGGGCAUGGUGCGUUGCCGAGCUAGUUGAAGCGUACAACAGCCACAUGGAUCAGCACGUGAUGCUCCACUCCCCGCACGUCUUGGAGCAGAACUCCAAUCGCCUCAGCUCUCUGAAAGUCGAGGACUGCCAAGCUUCCAGGCAUGAAGACAAGCAGGCCAUCCUUUCGAAGAUUGGCGGGGCUCCGGAGAUUGAGAGGUUCAACGGCCUUCUGCAGCAGCUUCUGCUCGGAUCGAAGGGGCUCCUGGCCGGAUGGCUCGACGGGCAAAGGAUGCUCCAAGAGGUGGGCGCCAUCGCCGCCCGGGCACGCAGCCGGUGCCAGAAGCAGGAGGGUUUAGGGUUUAGCCUGUUUCGGGUUUAG